UCAACAUGGAGCUUUCGGCGGUCGGGGAGAGGGUGUUCGCGGCCGAAGCCCUCCUCAAGCGGCGCAUCCGGAAAGGGCGCAUGGAGUACCUGGUGAAAUGGAAGGGCUGGUCUCAGAAGUACAGCACCUGGGAACCCGAAGAGAACAUUUUGGAUGCCCGCCUUCUCGCCGCAUUCGAAGAAAGGGAACGAGAGAUGGAGCUGUAUGGGCCUAAAAAGCGAGGCCCGAAGCCCAAAACCUUCUUGCUUAAGGCUCAGGCCAAGGCGAAAGCCAAAACUUAUGAAUUCCGGAGCGACUCUGCUAGGGGGAUCAGGGUCCCUUAUCCAGGCCCAUCUCCCCAGGAUCUAGGCUCCACGUCCCGGGCGAGAGAAGGACUGAGGAACAUCGCUGUGUCUCCGCAGGGCAGCGGCAGCAGCACGAGCACCGGCAGGGCCGACGCCGUGCGGGACCGGGCCGGGAGACCCGAGGACAAGCCCAGCUCGCCGGGGGGCAGUUCGAAAAAGCGGGGGCCCAAGCCCCGGAAAGACGUCUCGGACCCCUCCCAGAGGACCUCGGGCGAGCCGGGGGACGGCCUCGGGGACUAUCUCAAAGGGCGGAAGAUGGAGGAUGCCCAUUCUGGGCCGGGCAAGUUCGGCACGGGCCACAGCGUCAUCCAGUUGGCCCGGAGGCCGGACGCCGACCUGGCCUGUCCAGAGUCCGGCCCGGGCAGGGCGGAGGCCGUGGACAAGCUGACCGCGGAGGCCUACCCGCCCAGGGUCAUCAAGCACCGGCCCGACUUCCUGGAUGCCAAAGGUCAAAGCGGCUUGGACCCCGGGGGCCCCAGGGCCAGGCACGGGUCCGGCAACCCCGGCUCCGUCGGGGCCCUGUAUCGGGACAGCGUGGGGUCGCAGGGAGGGAGACCCUCCUUGAUCGCCAGGAUCCCCGUCUCCAGGAUCCUGGGUGACCAGGAAGAGGAAUCGUGGAGUCCCUCCCUGACCAAUCUGGAGAAAGUGGUGGUUACCGACGUCACCUCAAACUUUUUGACCGUAACCAUUAAGGAGAGCAAUACGGACCAAGGGUUUUUUAAAGAAAAAAGAUGAAUUAUCAGUGGGAGAACCGGUGAGACAGACACAGAGACAGAGAGAGAGAGAGAGAGAGAGCA